GUACGGAGUACCCUGGAAUAAAUAAACCCUCCUCGUCCGACUGAGCUGCUCAAGUCGCCAUAAGCCCGCAUAGCAUACCUUAGCUUGCACAAGAGAAAUGGCAGCCUCGCAGCAGCCCAUCGCUACGGUCUACGUCCGCAAUCUCGAAGAGCGCGUCAAGCCCGAGCCACUCAAGCAAGCGCUGCACGCGAUCUUUUCGGAGUAUGGCAACGUGAUCGACAUAGUCGCCAAGACAAAUCUCAAGGCAAAGGGACAAGCCUUCGUCGUUUUCGACAAGGCCGAGUCAGCGCUGGCCGCUAUCGAGGAGGUGCAGGGCUUCGAACUUUUUGACAAGCCGAUGCAGGUCGCCCUGGCGCGUACCCGCAGCGAUGCCACCGUGAUGCGGAAUGGCAGCGAAGAGGAGUUCGAUGCCCACAAGCGCCGGCGAAUGGCUGAAAAAGACAAGAAGAAGGCAAUGGAAUCCGCCGAAGAGCAGAAGCGCCUCAAGCGGCCCAUGCCAGGCGCAGCUGCCGAGGCCGGCGUUCGUCCAGCCAAGAAUGCCCGCGGCGCCGGCCUCAAGUCUACGGGAGCCGGGCCCACUGCCGUUGUCCCCGACGAGUAUCUACCUCCCAACCGGAUUCUGUUCGUCCAAAACCUGCCCGACGACUUCGACAAGGAGGCUCUUACGGCAAUCUUUAGUCGCUUCGAGGGCUUCCGCGAAGUUCGUACGGUGCCUGGCCGCAGCGGUAUUGCCUUCGUCGAAUACGAAGCCGAGGCGGGUGCUAUCACGGCUAAGGAGAACACCGCUGGAAUGCCUCUGAAGAACGGCGAGAAGAUUAUGAAGGUGACCUACCAGCGGCAGUAGAGCGGUUGAUAUAGGAAGUCUUUUAGGUAAGGCGUUGGUGAGUUACGGAUACAGGUCAUAUUUGGAACAACAU